AUAUUUAUCUUUGAAAACAAUAUCUACUACUGUGCACAUGUCGGGAAGCAGGCCAUCCGCGUGGUCUCCACUGGGAAGGAAGGUGUGAUUUACAAUGGGCUCAGUGACUGGCUGUAUGAAGAGGAGAUUUUGAAGACCUACAUUGCACACUGGUGGUCUCCAGAUGGUACAAGACUUGCCUAUGCCACCAUCAACGAUUCCCGCGUCCCACUCAUGGAGCUCCCCACCUACACUGGCGCCAUCUACCCCACAGUGAAGCCCUACCAUUAUCCCAAGGCUGGAUGUGAAAACCCCAGUAUCUCCCUGCACGUUAUUGGCCUAAAUGGACCCACUCAUGAUCUGGAGAUGAUGCCACCUGAUGAUCCACGUAUGAGGGAGUACUACAUCACCAUGGUGAAGUGGGCCACCAGCACCAAGGUCGCCGUGACCUGGCUGAACCGGGCGCAGAACGUGUCCAUCCUCACCCUCUGCGACGCCACCACGGGGGUCUGCACAAAGAAACACGAGGAUGAAAGUGAAGCCUGGCUCCAUAGACAGAAUGAAGAGCCAGUGUUCUCCAAGGAUGGUCGAAAGUUUUUCUUUGUCAGAGCCAUCCCUCAGGGAGGACGAGGAAAGUUCUAUCACAUUACAGUGUCCUCCUCCCAGCCCAACAGCAGCAACGACAACAUCCAGUCCAUCACUUCUGGGGACUGGGACGUGACCAAGAUCCUGUCCUAUGAUGAGAAGCGGAAUAAGAUCUACUUCCUGAGCACGGAAGACAUGCCUCGGAGACGACAUCUCUACAGUGCCAACACGGUGGGGAACUUCAACAGGCAGUGCCUCUCCUGUGACCUGGUUGAGAACUGCACUUACUUCAGUGCUUCUUUCAGCCACAGCAUGGACUUCUUCCUGCUCAAGUGUGAAGGUAGGCCCCUGCCACCCUUUCAGACUUGUUUCAGAUCAGUGCUGAGAACCAUGGACAAAUACACUUGCAAGAAGGUGGAGGCAGCUGUGGUGCCCAAUGCUCCCAGAUGCUCUGCCUACAUCCUGUCACUGGAAACAAUUUAUGGGGAGAAAAAGACAUUUGGAGCCAUUCCCUUUGAGGCUGCAUGUACCAAGAGCAGAAGAGGGAUUCUCAAGGCAGUCUACGUCAUGAGG